CCAAUAUCCAAAGUCCAAAAAUCACUGCCAUUUGCCAAACUAGACUGAAUGAUGGGGAACUGGAAGAGUUGGCCUAUCUGGUUCCUGCUGUUUGCCUAUAUAUUCUUUGUCAGCACACUUAUCCUGAACUUUAUCCAGCUUUUGACCCUUGUGAUAUGGCCAUUUGACAAAACCCUCUUUAGGAAAAUCAACUACUAUUUGGCGUAUGCCUCAUGGUGUCAGUUUACAAGUGUUGGACAGUGGUGGGCUGGUUGUGAAUGUGUGUUACACAUGGACCCAGAGGAAAGAAAACAUCUUGGUCGUGAACACAUUAUGGUCAUCAUGAACCACAAAUACGAAAUAGACUGGCUGAUGGCUUGGAUAUUAUCAGAAAGAUUAAGAAUGCUGGGGGCGACAAAGAUCUAUGGAAAGAAAGUCCUACAGUUCAUUCCUCUGAUUGGCUGGGCGUGGUGGUUCACGGAGUCACUGUUCCUGAAGAGAGACUGGACUAAGGAUAAACAGAUAAUCCAAGAGGGAGUCCGGACAGCCAUGGAAUAUCCGAACAACUACUGGGUCACGCUGCUGCUGUUCCCAGAGGGAACAAGGCUAACUCCACAGAAACUAGAAAACAGUCAAAUUGUUGCCAAAGAAAAAGGAUACCCAAUAAUGAAACACCAUCUUCUGCCAAGACCCAAGGGUUUUGCCUACUCUAUACAGGAACUUAAAGGAAAAUUAAAUGCGGUAUACGAUGCUACUGUGGUGUUUGAUGAAGGUUACCCGUCUCUAAUGGACGUGCUAGAAGGGAAGAAGAUCAUGAGUAGAAUCCGAGCCAGGCGACAUGAGGUAAAAGACCUUCCAGACUCAGAGGAAGAACUGUCCGAGUGGUUAAGGAAUUUAUUUAAAGAAAAGGAUGAAGUAGUGGAAAAGUUUUAUCAAACCAAAGAGCUGGAUCGACCAGGAUUCUUAAUACCAAAACGUUAUAAUGACCUAGUUGUUCAUUUAUUCUGGAUCAUUGUGACACUUGUGCCAUUAUUCUUUUACCUAGUCAAUGUACUCUUCUAUGGAAGUCUUCUUCAUAAAAUUACUGUAGUCUUAGUAUUUGUUUCAGUAAAUUUACUUGCUAAAUUCAUGAUUGGAUUUACUCAGCUGGAGAAGGGGUCGUCUUACGGAAAACAGAUAACCAAACGGAAUAGAGAUUCAGAGAAAGAAAUGUCAUAUAAUAAAGACAUUGCCAAAGAGAAAAAAACAUCUUAAUAUUCACACAUAUACUAGUUACAAACUAAAGGUAUUAUUAAUUUUAAAAUAUUUUGGCUUUUUAUGUCAUGUUAUUUAAGGUGAAAAAAUCAGUAUUUAUUGUGUUGUUCCUCAUAAUUAUUACCCCCUAUCUUUACCAAACAUGUUUUUAACUACUAUCAUUGACAUUUAAUUAACAUUAAUGUCAUGGCUUAGUUAGAUAUUUCCUUACAAAAUGUCAGCAUAUUUCAUUGUGUGUCAGUGUUUUUUCCCCUUAUCAUGUGUCAGUGUUUUUCACCUUAUCACCUUGAUUAAUCAAAAGUAGUGUUUUAGUUACUUUACAAUAUUUUAUCAUUCCAUUUUAUUUUCAAGUUAAUAAUCCAUGAUGGUUUACAUAUUAUUCCAUCAUAAAAUUAAGUCCUAAUUAUAAUUACACAGACCAAAUUGUCUUUAAGCUUUAUUUUAUUUUUAGUGUUUAUAACUAGAUAUUUUCGAUUUUUUAGAGUACCCCUCAGAACUGUGAACAAAAACUAUUAUUGUGAGUCAGGUCUGACUAUAUAUAAUUGAGGCCUAUGUAUUUUCAAGUCAUUUUCAGCUAAUAAGAAUGAUAUCAUGGUGUUUAUAAAUGUGUGUAUAUUAUGGAGACAUUGUGAUGUAAACUGUAAAUACUACUGUAAAAGAACUUAUUUUCCUGUAGGCUUAUUUUUUGUUGUUUUACAAGUGAUCAAAGAAUUCCUGUCCUCCAAAAAGUGUUAAAAUUAGAAAAUACAGUACCUGACUGUUUAUUUAACAACACUUUACCCCAAAAUCAAAGAAUGAUUUUUUUCUUCAGAAUUUGAUCCCAUAAAAAUAAUGGAUUUUAAAUGAAAUGAAGAGAAAUAACAUACAUGUAUAUGCCCAUUGCGAAACAGAACUACAUGUAUUUGAUUUAUCAGCAUUUGAAAUACAAGACAUAAAUUUACCAAACUUCAGGCACUUUCCUUUUAAAUAAAUAUAGUUUUAAUAUUUA